UAGACCAAGGUUGGUACCGGGAUAAAAGUGGAGAUAAACCAGGAUGGGCACCGGGAUAAAGCCGGGCAUAGAUCAGGCUGGACACCGGGAUAAAGGUGGGGUAGAGCAGAGUGGGCACCGGGAUAGAACAAGGUUGGUACCGGGAUAAAGGUGUAGGGCGCACAGGAUAGAGCAGAGUGGGCAUCGGGAUAAAGCCGGGGAUAAAUCAAGCUGGGCACCGGGAUAAAGCCGGGGAGAGAGCAAGGUUGGUACCAGGAUAAAGGUGGGGAUAGACCAGGAUGGGCACCGGGAUAAAGGUGGGGUAGAGCAGAGUGGGCACCGGGAUAGAACAAGGUUGGUACCAGGGUAGACCAAGGUUGGUACUGGGAUAAAGGUGGAGAUAGACCAGGAGGGCGCGCAGGAUAGAGCAGAGUGGGCACCGGGAUAAAGCCGGGGAUAAAUCAAGCCGGGCACCGGGAUAAAGCCGGGGAGAGAGCAAGCAUGAACAGGAUCCGGAUCCACGUGUUGCCGACCAGCCGAGGCCGCCUGACCCCCGUGCCACGGCCACAGGAGCCCCUGGCCUGCUCCUUCGCCCCUCGACCCUGCUCCCAGCCCCGCCUGGAAGGGCAGGAAUUCUGCAUCAAGCACAUCCUCGAGGACAGGAAUGCUCCCUUCAAACAGUGCAGCUAUGUGUCCACAAAAAACGGGAAGCGUUGUCCCAACGCUGCUCCCAAACCUGAGAAGAAGGAUGGCACCUCAUUCUGCGCAGAGCACGCYCGUCGGAACGCGCUGGCGCUCCAGGCUCAGGUGAAGAAAUCCAACCCCGGYCCCGUGGGUGAGACUCUCCUGUGCCAGCUGAGCUCCUAUGCCCGGGCAGAGCUGGGCUCACAGAGCACAGAGAGCAGCCGCAGCGAGGCCAGCCGCAUCCUGGACGAGGACAGUUGGAGUGACGGCGAGCAGGACCCUGUCACCGUGGAGCAAACGUGGCGUGGGGACCCCGACAGCGAGGCCGACAGCAUYGACAGCGACCAGGAGGAUCCCCUUAAGCAUGCUGGUGUGUACACAGCCGAAGAAGUGGCUCUGAUCAUGCGGGAGAAGCUGAUCCGCCUCCAGUCCCUCUACAUCGACCAGUUCAAACGGCUCCAGCACCUUCUGAAAGAGAAAAAACGCCGCUUCCUGCACAGCCGCAAAGGAGAGCACGAGGCCAUCGGUGAGCCUGGACGCUACGGCGUGGAGGCUCUGCUGCACCGGCAGCUCCGCGAGCGCAGGGUCCUGGCCACCGAUGGUGCAGCCCAGCAGGCACACACCACCCGCUCCAGCCAGCGCUGCUUGGCCUUCGUUGACGACGUCCGCUGCUCCAACCCGUCCCUCCCGAUGACCCGGCACUGCCUCACGCAUAUCUGCCAGGAUACAAACCAGACCCUGUUCAAACCGUGCCAGGGCUCUGAGGAAGUUCCCUGCAACAAACCCGUGCCCGUGAGCCUCUCAGAGGAGCCGUGCUGCCCUCUGCACCUCCGUUUGCCCCCUCAGAUGUACGUCCCCGAGCAGGUCCUGGCUGUCCCCCAGGAGCUGGGAGCUGCUCCCUCCGAUCUGUACCUGAGCGCGGCCGAGCUGCAGCCCACCGAGAGUUUGCCACUGGAAUUYAGUGAUGACCUGGACGUGGUGGGCGAUGGGAUGCAGUGCCCCCCAUCCCCUUUGCUCUUUGACCCCUCCGUGAGCCUCGAUCCGUCCCUGCGGGACAUGGCCGAGGCUCCCAUCGACAUCCUGGCCCUGGAGGAGACGGACAGGGGCAGCUCCUCCGCCCCGCUCAUCCCUCCGCCCGAGCUCCCUGCGCAGCAGAGUCACCUCCCGUACCCGACCGGAGCCCGGGAUGACAAACAGCAGGAGGAACCCGCCUCGUCCACCCCGGCCCGGGGAGCGGCUGCCAACGGGAGCCUGGAACCGGGGGCUGUGAGCUGAGCCCGGCAGCACCGGGGUCUCUGCACUCAGGGGACCCUCAGCACCGGGGUCUCUGCACCCAGGGGACCCUCAGCGUGGGACAUGGGGACAACUGGGUGCUGCUGUCCUGGUCCAGUGCUGCUCUGGAGCCACAGGGAACCCUGAAAUGUCAGAAUGGGGAUGCUGAACCCCCGGCAUUUUCUUCUCUGUGCGAUGGAAGAAAAGGGGGAAAUCCUCGAAGUUUUGGGAUUUUUUUUGCCACACCCUACUGUGCCCUGAGGGGGAGGUGGGGUGUGAUGUGGCCCUGUCACGUUUUGAGGGGACAGAGAUCUCCUCGCAGCAGUCUCCCCACAAUAAAGUGAUGGAGGUGGG